CCGGUGCCCGAAGAGAGGCGGCGGCCCCCGCAGCAGCCGCAGGAGGGGCGGCGGCUGUGGGCGCCGCAGGAGAUGCCCCUGCCCGGCUGCUCCGGCGUGGGGCAGUGCGAGCGGCGGCGGGGGAGCAGGCAGGGGGCGGCGGCUGCGGCGACUGCAACAGAGGGGCCGAGAGCUGGAGGCGGCGGCGGCGGCGGCCUCGAAGGGCAUCGGCGGAGGCGGUGAUGGCAACAGUGGUGAUCUGAAGAUGGAAAGAGCCAGGCGAAGGGGAGGCGGCGGCGGCGGCGGCCGUGGCCGCGGCGGCAAGAAUGUAGGGGGCUCUGGCCUCAGCAAGAGUAGACUCUAUCCCCAGGCCCAGCACUCCCACUACCCCCACUACGCGGCUUCAGCCACCCCUAACCAGGCCGGGGGCGCAGCUGAAAUCCAGGAGCUGGCCUCCAAAAGGGUGGACAUCCAGAAAAAGAGGUUUUACCUAGACGUGAAGCAAAGCUCCCGGGGCCGGUUCCUAAAGAUAGCCGAAGUCUGGAUAGGGAGAGGCCGUCAAGACAAUAUCAGAAAGAGUAAACUGACCCUCUCCCUGUCUGUGGCCGCGGAGCUGAAGGACUGUCUAGGGGACUUCAUUGACCACUAUGCCCACCUGGGCCUGAAAGGCCACCGACAAGAGCAUGGUCACGGCAAAGAGCAAAGCUCCAGGAGGAGACAGAAGCACGCAGCACCCUCCCCACCAGUCUCUGUGGGGUCCGAAGAGCACCCUCACAGUGUCCUCAAAACAGAUUACAUAGAGAGGGACAAUAGGAAAUACUAUCUAGACCUAAAGGAAAAUCAGCGGGGUCGCUUCCUAAGGAUAAGACAAACCAUGAUCCGGGGGACUGGCAUGAUAGGUUAUUUUGGCCACACUUUGGGCCAAGAGCAGACUAUCGUCCUCCCAGCACAAGGGAUGAUUGAGUUUCGGGAUGCCUUGGUUCAGCUCAUUGAAGACUAUGGCGAAGGGGACAUAGAAGAACGCAGAGGUGGAGACGAUGACCCAGUCGAACUCCCAGAGGGGACUUCUUUCAGAGUGGACAAUAAAAGGUUCUACUUUGAUGUGGGCUCUAAUAAAUAUGGAAUUUUCCUGAAGGUAAGUGAGGUGAGGCCACCUUACCGUAAUACUAUUACUGUUCCAUUCAAAGCUUGGACAAGGUUUGGGGAGAAUUUUAUCAAGUACGAAGAAGAGAUGAGGAAAAUUUUCAACAGCCAUAAAGAAAAGAGGAUGGAUGGCAGAAGGGCCAGUGGUGAAGAGCAAGAAUGCCUCGACUAGAAUGAAAUUGAACUCCAUCAGGCAAAAGUUAAAAUCAUAAAUUGGCUAAAAGUACUGAUCCAUAAUCAUUUGAAGAAAUUUUUCCUCUUUUUUUGGCCCUUUGUUAUGAGUAAUACCUCUAGUAGUUAUACUUCAAGGAGUCUGAUUCUCAUGUUAUGUUAUCCAUAAAACACUAUAAUUCUUAUGGGAAUUUCAACCUUCCCAGAGCUAAAUAGUUUAGCUGCUUCAGCUGCUCCAGACUAUUGAAGUAUGCAAAUCAGCACAAAGUGUGACAUUCUGACCUUCUAGAUACCAUAACUAAGAUUAACAUUGCAGUAUGACAUAAGCCUAAAAAAAGAUACAUAUACCUAAUAUGUAAGUGUGAAUUUCUAUUUAACAAGUUCCCCCAAAAAAGUAUUCCAUUCCUACUUCAUUAAAAGCUGCUAGGAUUACCUGUAGGACAGUUACCACAGAAACAGAAACUGACUUCUAUUAUAAAUAUAUUUAUUUACAAAAGUACGAGUAGAAAUAUAUUAAAUGUCCAUUGGGUAACUGAAUAUUAAACAGUACCAUUAAAGAAUCGAAUCUUAGAGUUACUAUAGUAUUCUAUAAUUUCAAAUUUUGUGGUGACCCUACAGUUUAUACUUGCCAUAUCAAUGCCAUGAGAGAGUUUCAAUUGGUUAUUCUAAGCUAGUUACAAUCCCAUCUUCACCUCUGAUUAUUGUACCAUAUAUUAUUAUUGACUUUCCAAAGUUUCAGGAAUUACUUUUAUGUCACUGUUGCGUGGGAGGCUUUGCUAUGGAAAUCUUGAUAUUUUAGCUUUUCAUGCUAAUUUGAAGGUUGUGAGAGGUUCUUUCCCAAAAUACAUCAUGGACUCAAGGUGUUAUAUUUUAUGCUGCUGCUUUAACACUGUUUCAGAAGGGU